GACAAGCCCGCAGUGCCUCAACGCAUCCAGUGGUAAUGACAAGCCAGAGGCGCUCCAUGGGCCAGCAUGUCAAAUAACAGCAAUAACCAUGGGCUUUAGUGUUAGCAACUCAUCCGAAACUCACACCUCGAGACACUAACGAGACGUAUUUGGGCCGUUUUGUGUGUCUGCGGGCGAAUCAAAGUUUGAGCGGGCUCUCAAAUGGACGUCGAUGGACUGGAAUGAAACCUCCACUUCUAUCGGACUGAAGGAAGGAGGGAAAGAAAACUCUGCAUGUUCAAGUUUCCUGCUGCAACCAGAGGGGCAUCGGUGCGUGCGUGUUGGAUGUGUGUGGGGAAGUGUGUGUUGGGUGCGUGUGUGUGCGCGCCCGCAGGACCAGCAGCAGCAGCAGCAGCAGCAGCGGCGGCGGUGGCGGUGGUGGUGGUGGCGGUGGCGGCCGCGGGAAGGGAAGGGAAGUUUAGCGCCGUGAUUUGUCUUCUUUCCCUCUAUUCUGUUGCUGUGUUGUUUUUCAUGCCACACCAGCGGACAGGCGGAUUAACGUCUCCCUGAUGAAAAUUAAUCAUGUGUGGAGCGGCUCUGUGAUCGUGACUUUGAUGAUGUCGAGUAAGAGCGUGGAGUGGCUGCAGGAGGAGCUGGAGUCCGGGGCCGGCUCUCUGCUGCUGCUGGACUGCAGAGCCCAUGAGCUGUACGAGUCCUCGCACGUCGAGUCGGCCAUCAACCUGGCCAUCCCGGGCCUCAUGCUCCGGAGGUUGAAGAAGGGCAACCUCCCCAUCCGCUCCAUCAUCCCCAACAACGAGGACAAGGAGAAAUUUGUCAAGCGGUGCAAGACGGACGUGGUGGUUCUUUACGACGAGGCGACCUCGGAGCGGCAGGAGUCCGGGAUUGGGAGCUCCGUGCUGGGGCUGCUGCUGCAGAAACUGCGGGACGACGGGUGUAAGGCUUUCUACCUGGAGGGGGGCUUCAACAAGUUCCAGUCGGAGUAUCCCGAGCACUGCGAGACAAAUUUGGACUGCUCGUGUCCCAGCAGCUCCCCACCAGCCUCCGUCCUCGGUCUGGGAGGACUCCGCAUCAGCUCUGACUGCUCAGACGGGGAAUCCGACCGCGAGCCGGGCAGCGCCACAGAGUCAGAGGGCAGCCCGCUGCCCAACAACCAGCCAGCGUUUCCCGUCCAGAUCCUGCCGUACCUUUACUUGGGCUGUGCCAAAGACUCCGCCAACCUGGAUGUGCUCAGCAAGUACGACAUCAAGUACAUCCUCAACGUGACGCCCAACCUGCCCAACAUGUUCGAACACGAAGGGGACUUCAAGUACAAACAGAUCCCCAUCUCUGAUCACUGGAGCCAGAACCUCUCUCAGUUUUUCCCCGAGGCCAUUUCAUUCAUUGACGAGGCACGCUCAAAGAAGUGCGGCAUCCUGGUGCACUGUCUGGCCGGGAUCAGCCGCUCGGUGACUGUCACAGUGGCCUACCUGAUGCAGAAGCUCAACCUGUCGCUCAACGACGCGUACGAUUUCGUCAAGCGGAAAAAGUCGAACAUUUCCCCAAACUUCAACUUCAUGGGCCAGCUGCUGGACUUUGAGCGGACGCUGGGCCUCAACAGCCCCUGCGAUAACCACUCGACCUCCCCGACGCACGACCAGCUGUUCUUCACCACCCCCACCAAUCACAAUGUGUUUCAACUGGACACGCUGGAGUCCACAUGAAAAUAAGAGGGGGGGACUGUCCCUUUUUUGGGGGGUUUAAAGGUGGUGUUGUUACCAAGGUAACAAGCGGCUGCACUGGAGGGAAGCAGCCAGUUUUAAUGAAUGUUUUAGCCUUGUGAGGCUCGUUGUCUGAGAGCCUGGGCCAAAGCAGCGUCGGAGGGGCAAGGGAGCUCACAGAUGCCCCAUUUUAACUACAUAGUAGUUAAAAAAAGAGAAAAGGACUUUUUUUAACCCAGAGGGAGAACUGAGAGAUGGGUUUACGAUGGCGUCCUCCUUGAGUUGAAAUCAAGGCAGGUAAGAACCCAGAUCAACUUGUCUUCUCACGCAGAACGGAGGAGACUUAACUAACUGAGAAACUGAGCGAAAGACACAGCAGGACAGACAGCUUCAUACAAAGAUAGGAAUUAUCUACAGCGCAUGACUUAUGAGACAACAACAUCCUUUCUGUCUUUCUGUCUCGGCUCUCGAGGCCGAGCUAAGUGGUGCCAAGUGGAAAAUCUGGGAUUUCCUUGUAGGAAAUCUCACUCUACUGAAUGAAGAGUUUAACAAACCAAGGAAUUAACACACACACACAUACACAAACAAAGUAUGUAUGUUUGUACUGUAUGUACUGUAUGUCUGUUAACGUACAUAUUAGGAAAUGUGUGGGCAAUCCUUAACAAACUCAGUAUGUCUAUAUGCAGUUUUGUAUGUGUUUGUGUACAUUUACGCACAAAUCUAUUCCUUAUAUAAAUAUAUACACAUAGAAAUCUUACCUAUCCAAUCCAACCAUGGUUUAAGAGAUUGUAAAACUAAAGAAGGGGAAUGGGUGUGGCGACGCCAACAAAGAGGAACGUUAUUUCUAGUUGUCUUUUUUUCGCAUUUCUUUUGGGUUUGUAAUGACCUAAUGCAGUUUGCACAGUGGUGUAGCCAUUGACUUGUUGGCACAUGGAGCCGGUGCUGGAAGCAGGCAGAUAAAGAGACAUUCAGAGAAGAGGAGCGGAGAGGCCAGUCCCAGGCUGCGACGAGUCCCGACAGCUGCACAGUGGAGUGGAGGGGGGGAGUAGGAACUGGCCCCUGAACAUAGGACGAGGUUAAGGGGUUAGAGGGUCAGGUUAAGGGAAAAUACAAGCAGCGUGGUAGAACUAGGGCAUCGGGGUUGGAUAUGGGUAAAGAUACUGUAGAAUUCACAUUUGGCCAAUUGUUUUCAGGUUCCUAGUUCCUACUUCCAUAUGACCAUUCAUCCUGUUGCCAUAUGUGAAGUACAAGUUUUCUCACCAGCCUGUUUUGGUUAGUUUAGUUGUUUCAUUUCAGUUUGAAACUUUACUAUUUCAUCACAGCAUAUUGUCUGAACAUGAUUUGCCAAACUGGUUUCUCACAGGUCUGAUGGAUGCUUAGGCAGUGUUAACCUUUAUUUGGCAACUUAUUUCAGCAACGUUAGGCAAGGAAGUGCCUCUAAACUUCUUUUUGCCAAAGGAGAAGCAAUGCAAAUAUAUAUUGGAAUCUAGGACAAGGGAUUGUAUUCUAGUCUUGGUGUUGGGAUUAAGGUGGACUGGGACUGGCCUCAGAUACAGACUGCACUUAGCUACUUCAAUAGCUUCACAUCCCUUAACUGCAUUGGAGGAAAAAAAAGGGAGGUCGCUCCGCAAAGGGAUCACCCAUUUUGUCAAAGAAAAGUUUGUCUGAUUUGAUAUAAAUAUAUAGCUAAUAGUAAACAGAUCCAUGUUAUUUUGUAUACCUGAGCAUGCUGUGGUACUGUUUGCUCUCUUACAGUAGACAUAACUACAAGUUGGAAGUUGCUUUAUGAGUUGGGAAGAUGAAUGAUGAGGACCGUUUUUUUAACUGCUGUUGCUGCUGAACACAGCAGCACACAGCAUGUGGUUAAAGAGUUUUUUGAAUACCUGUCCACAUCAUAAGCACCUAAACUAGAAAGAGUCCAAAAACGUGCAAAUGCUGGGGUAGUUUUCCAAUUAAUGUAGGUUUCCUCUUAUGAAUUGAACAACACUGCAGCUCUUACAAUGCAUGUCCACAGGUAGCGUAAUUUCCACGCUUCCCAUUCAUUGUCUUUUUAUGCAGACGCGCAAUGCAUUCUGGUUGCGUUGCAGCGAGUUCUGAGAGACAGGGCUAGUAGCCCACUCCUCAUUUGCACAAAUUUCAGGUCCAGGCUACAUUAUGCAAAUCAGGGGCGUCCAUCACACAUCACCUUCUCUUGAAACUCCAUAAAAUCUUUAAAACUGACCGCUGUAGAUCUAAAUUGAACACAUAUUCAGAAUUGCAUAGCUUAAUUGUCGCAUUCUCGUUGGUCCGGGAGCAGACAACCCACAGGUAAAAGCGUUUCUCCAAGUUUUGUUUGCUUGUGUGAAAAUAAACUGAUAACUGCUAGUGGUAAGGUCGUAAGCAUCCAAUGCUGAGAGGCGUGGCAAUUCCUCACGUCAAAAAAACAUCACUGUGGACAUAUGUACCCUUAGACUUAUGGCAAUGUCUGUUGGAACACUGGGUGUUGUACAAGUACAUUUUCAUAGUCUUAUUCUAAAUCUAUCAUACUUUUUGCUUGUACGAGUCAGAUUCAGCUUGUUACUCCACAAACAUGUCGUAAAUCGGUAAUUUCAACCUGAUUAUUGCCACUUGGUCAUGAGAAGUGCUCCAUCCUGAGUUGUGUUCGUUAGUAUAAUCAGCGCUUCAAAUGCUUUAUAAGGCUACCGCUUUCAUUCACAAAAAUUUUAACCCAGAACGAGAUCUGCAGACAUAACAUAACAUUUAGCAGUGACGGUGGUCUUAUAACUGCCCCGUGA